AUGGAUUCCGGUCUACGUGGAUUAUCCGAAAGGAAUCAUUUCGCCUUGUGUGAUCACUUGGGAAGGAAAACAAAUUCUUGGCAAGGUAUUGUGAAGCAACCAUGUUUUUUGCAUAUCAAUCAUCAGCUGGAUGAAAUCGUUUUUCAGGUUGACAUCAGAAACGAGAAAGCAAGUUCAGCAUUCAAUGGUAAAGAGAACAUCAUCGUUGGACCGGCUGUACAACCUCAGAUGGUCCUCUGCCGUAAACCGAAGCCUGGAUACAAAUUUGAUUAA